AUGGGAGAGCUGUUGCGUGCGGAUCCAACUAUGAUGGACAAUUCGACAUUCAUCCACUCUCUGAGGAGGAAGGCCGCCUCUGAGAAGAAGGGAAUGUGCUACACGCAAGUUUCUGCAGAAGACCAUUCAGAGCCACACCUCCAGGCAGCGCUGCCUCGCGCAUACCCAGCGGAGAAAGAUGGAGCAACACCGCAGAACGGUCGUGGCCACGGGGUGGUUCAUGUUGCUUGUUUGAACGCUUUUGAUGAUCUCUUGCAUCAUCGUCAGCCAGGCUCCCUCUCUGACGAGGUGAGUCGGGGGCGGAAGAAUCUGCAAAAAAGGGCGAGACCGCAGUUGGUUGAUUUGCAUCGGGUCUUCGACUCCGGGUGUGCCUCAGAUGGAAAGAGAAAAGAACCGGCUGGGGUACCAGAGAUGUUCCUUCAACUGCCAAGACCAUCUUCCCAGUUUGCAAAGGCGAAGGCCAUCCAUGAAAAUGACAUCCACGUGAAUGAUGGCGAGUUGAGGUUCAACCUAGCGAGCACCUGGAUUGGCGCUAUCCUGCCACAUGUGCUGGCGAAGAUCGAUCGAGUCUCCUAUGGGCUACUGAGCAAGAAGCAGCUGGAGGCCGCUGAUGAGAAGACUCCCUUCUCACGCUUGGUCAUGGCUGUGCCCUUCGUGGGCAAGGAUGUGCCGUCCCGUAGUAGUGAGUUCGCGCAUCCCGACGUGGCCAUUGGUCUCACCAUCCUGGCCUAUCGCUUUGAGGGCCUACGGCCGAGCGACGUGCGAAGCAUCGUGGCACAGCUGAAGCAGGAUGGUGCCCGGCAACUGGGGCCGCGCGAUACGCGGCCUGCGCAUGUGCUCUUUGAAUCAUGGGUACGGCAGGCCGGAUGCUGCCGAGGAUACAAGAUGAGAAGGUUGGAUGAAGAGCUCUCAAGGAACAUCUUGCCGCUGUCUCUCUUUCAGCCAACGGAUCCGAAGCAGAUGGCACGACUCUAUCGCCAGAUCCAGAACACCAGCGAAGUGGCACAUUUUUGGCUUCGGCAGCACGUGUUCCCAGUCACGAUGAACUUUCAUCCCCUCAAGAUUUCUGCCAGUGGACAUGAAUUGGGCAGCUCGUUGCUCUUUGGCUAUCGUUUGGGCUUCAGUGGUACCCCCAGCAACUUGCUCCCCGAGGACUUGGGAGAAUGUUUCUACGAGCCAGGCAGUGACGGACAGGUCACGGCGGUGCUCACAGACCCCAAGGUGACCAGUGCUGAGGUUUGUGAGCCUGACUGGAGCCCCUUGAAGCUCUUAGAGCGAGUGGCACAGGGACAGUUCCAUGCUCUCAUUGACACAGGUGCUCUCAUCACCAACAUGGACAAUGAACAGGUUGCUCGAGAGCUCUUGGCCAAGCUACCACCACAAGACUUUGAUGGCGUGGUUUUCUUAGACCCGAGCGAUCGGAAGAUGAUCUUGCUGAGGGGUUCCUCCUCGACGGGCGCGGCUCGGGCGGUCUCGUUGGUGACCAGCGGCGUGGUGCCGGAACGGCGCUUCACCUUCUUCGAUCAGGUGCAUACCACGGGCAUGGACAUCCUGGCGGCUCCUUGUGCCAAAGCCGUGCUCACCGUUGGGAAGGACAUGAACUUCAGGGACUAUGCACAAGGCGCCUUCCGCAUGCGCAAGGUGGGCAAAGGUCAAUGCAUCCAUUUGCUGGUCAUCCCAGAGGUUCAAACCCGCAUUGUUGCUGAACUGGGUGGCAGCGGGCAGCUGAUCCUGGAUGUGCCCAAGUGGCUUUUGCUGAACUCCUGCCGUUCCGAAUCAUUGCAGUCUUUGAAGUUGUUGGCACAGGAGCUGAGCAACGGCUGGCGGAAGCAGGCGCUCCAACACCUUUGCUCCGACGUCAUUGCCCACGAGAAGAUGCCGCCCGCCCAGCGGAUGCGACGCUUCUGCUCCGCGGAGCCCCUGAGAGCCUGUUUGCGGCCAUUCCAGGACCAAAUCAGCUUCAAGGUGGAGGAUCAGAUCAUCGCACCGAGGUCUUACAGGGACACCAUGAAGCAGCAGUGCGAUGAGCACUGGCCCUUUUCUCAGGAGGACCUCGCUCGGCAGACCGUGCUCCUGGAGCGCAUUGCGGCAGAGUCGCAGGUGGCCGAACACCAGGAGAUGCAUCAGGGCUUUGCAGCGGAGGUGGUACACGAGCAGGAACAGGAGCAGCAACAAGAGCAAGAGGAGGAGCAGGAGGAGGAGCAAGAGAACGCCUUCACGCGCGAUGAUGAGCAAGCCAAUCCAUGGCGAGCUCAAGUGUUGUCCGAUGCGCCAAAGGAGGAGGGUGAGGGCGAACGGCCCUUCUACCGGUUGUGCCACUUUCGUGCGCGGCCAGAGCAGCCACAGCUGCCUUUGGAUGAUGAGCUUUGGCUGAGCGACAACUUCUUCCGUCCCAGUUGGGUAGGCCUCGGGGAGAGACGCUUGAAGACGGCCAGCGUCUUGCUGGAGUGGCACCCGGAGAUCUCUCAGGCGCGGCAGAAGCGUGGGAUGCAGAAGCGGGUACGUCGCAUCUUCGAAGAGUUGCAGCAGACAGGUGUAGCACCAACGGAGGCAGCGAUGAAAGCCCUGAUGAAAGCCAAGGAGUCCAUUCGCACUGAACCCUUGACGCCCGAAGAGUUGGCAGGAAGUGAUGAGGGGCAUCGCUACCUGGUGCUGGUCACCUUGGCUGAGGCCGAGACCCUGCGUUGGCUGGCGCGCAGCAGCAGUAGCUCUUCUUCGCCCCUGCGUGAUGUGGGCUUCGCGCUCCGGAGCUUGGGUGGAAGGCCCUUGGAGGCCUCCGCUGGCUUCGUGCGUGGUGAGGAGAAGAUCGACAGGCUCCUGUCACUGGUGCGGCUGUUCAACUGCGAGAUGUUCUUCACCAAGGUGGAACUCGAGACCUUGGAGGCGCAGCUCCAUGAGGUGCCUUUGCAUUUGCGGCAGAAUUGGUUCGAAGAGCUGUUGCGCUUGCGCCGAAGAAGAGCACGCUUCCUUUGGCUGGACACACCAGUGGCAAAACUCUUUACUCCACAGGAGGAAUGGAAAUCCCUCCGAGCUCAAUCCCUGCGCUGCGCGCUGCAGCGCGCCUUGCGACACUUCGCUGGGCCCUUGGAGGAUCUCGAGGCACUACUGCGGCCGAUGAGCCCCGAUGCCCUGGGGCAGCACCUGCUGAGGCUGAGGCAGGGCUGA